AUGUAAUUGUACUAUGACUAAUUAAGGCCGGAGUUUGUCGAAGGGGCUCAACUUCGAUCGCAAAGAAUCGAGAAAUUAAUGGUUCAAUUCAAAUUUAACGAUAAUUAACGCAGGGGUUUAGAUUUGAUUUAUGGUUAGGUGCAAAUGUUUUAACUCUAAUGAAGUUUCCAGCCAUUUGUGUAAGAGAGAAUUAAAUAUAUGAGUAGGAAGGCAUGAAAGUGAAGGGUAGAGAACUUUCAUCAAUAGGACAAUAGGAAAAGACCAAACAGUCCCCAUUCCUUCAAACGUCGCUUCACUGUCAAAUUGAAUCCUCAAAUCAAACACUCUCACUAAAACUAAUUAACAAAUUUAUUCCCACGCAUUAAAAUCCAAAUCAUUGUUAGAUUAAAAAAACAAUUACUUUAAUUAAAUGAUGUCACAAUUUUUGCCAAUAAAUACCCCUACUCCAGCUAUUAACCCAUAAGCCAGCAUUAUUUGGCGGACAUCUCCAAAACACUUUCUCCAUACUGAUCGAUCAUCUAAUAAAUAUUUUUUCUCUUAAAUAAAAAUUUUAAUUUCCACACCAAUUAUUGAUUAAUAAUAAUAAUGGCGAGCAGCACGGUGGCGGAACGAUCGCGCAUCAUGUGGUGCAUGCGGCUGCAGUCGGCCUUACGAACCGCGAUGGCGUGCACCAUAAUAGGGUGCGCCACCAUCUACGGCCCGGAGUUCCUCGUCAGCGAGAUAAGAUUUGCGGCGUUUUCGUAUCUGACGGCGGUGCUGAUAGUAUCCGACGCGUCGCUGGGCGACACGAUGAGCGGGUGUUGGCAUGCAUUUUGUGCGACGGCGCAGGUGGUGCCGCUCGCCGUGCUGGGGAGGUGGCUGGUUGAUCCGACAGAGGGGCUGCCGCUGGGUUAUGCGGCGGUGGCUGUUGGGGUGGCGGCGUUUCUUGUGGCCAUGCCGGAGUGCACGCAUUUGACGGCGAAAAGGAUUGCGUUUGGGCAGAUUGUGUUGGUGUGCAGUGACGCCGUUAUUGGUAGAGACGGAAAAAGUGACGCGGCGUUUAUGAACCCAGUGUAUGUUGCGGCUAGUACCGCCCUUGGUGCUUUGGCUUCUGUAUUGGCGUUGCUGAUACCGUACCCGAGUUUAGCCUGUCACAAGGUACAAAAAUUGUGCAGAGUAUACGGUGAAAACGCUUCACAGAGGAUGAAUAUAUACAUGAGAGCAUUUAGCGCGCGUGACAACCACACUAAAACAGAGCUUAUAUCUCAAACCAAGCCCUUGUCUGAAACAGGGGACAAGCUUUUGCAGACUAUCAUUAUCUUACAGGUAUUUUUAUUUCUGCAAAAUUAUAAGUCGACCGUUGAAUCACGCGCUUUAAUUCGCAAUUUAUUGAAUCAAUUUAUCGUUUUUUUUUUCCAGGAAGGAAUGAAAUGGGAAAGACCUUGGAGCCGAUAUCUGGAGCCAAAUAAAGUCAGCCCCGGUGAAAUAUUGCAAAACGUUGAACUGCAAAUGAGAGGAAUAGAAUAUUCCCUGGUAUCUUCUCCCGUGCAAACAAUCGAUCAAGAACAUCUCUCCAACGUAUUGCAGGGUUUAUCUAUUCAGCUCGAAAAGAGACUAGAGCAACUUACGUGUUCUUCUCCUUACAACUCGAGCAAAGAAUCAGAAACGAGAGGAGAAUUUACGGAACAGCCAUCAUUACCGAUCGAGGCAAUGUCCCCAAUACUCGAGCACGGAUGGGCAUUUUUCUACUUCUCCUGCGUAGAUAUGUUGCUGAGCGAUUCUUCCGCAUCGCCAAAAUAUCUCCAAACUCAGCCUGCAAAAACAGAGGAUUUCAGCAUUUUAAUAAAACUCAGGAAUUGGAUUUCGAAAAUCAUAAAAAACGGGAGGCUGGAAUUUGCCCUCAAAUGCUCACUCUCGUUGAGCCUAGCAGUGCUAUUUGGAUUGAUAUUCGACAAAGAAAACGGCUGCUGGGCAGGUCUCACGAUUGCAAUCAGCUUUGUCACAGGCAGACAAGCAAUCUUUACAGUAGCAAACACGAGAGGACAAGGCACAGCCAUUGGAUCGGUGUACGGUGUAAUAUGCUGCUUCCUCUUUCACUCGGAAGAAAUGAGGCUAUUAGCCCUUCUUCCAUGGAUCGUUUUCACCUGCUUUUUGAGGUACAGCAAAUUGUACGGCCAAACAGGGGGGGUGUCGGCAGCCAUUGGAGCACUGUUGAUAGUCGGCAGAAAGAAUUACGGGGUUCCAAAUGAAUUCGCCAUUGCCCGAUUAACAGAGGUUUUUAUCGGCCUUUCAGCUUUCAUUCUCGUGGAGCUUUUCCUGCAGCCAAUCAGAGCAGCCACAUUAGCCAAGAAUCAUUUAUCUCUAACGCUGAACUCACUCGAGGAUUGCGUAAAGGAAAUCGGAUUUUUUCCAGUGCAGAAAAAUCAAUUUCUCGAACUGAGAGAGAAGCAAAGAAAUCUCAGUUCCUUAGUCUGCGAGCUAAGGAAAUUCGUAGCGGAUGCUGAGCUCGAGCCCGAUUUCUGGUAUUUGCCUUUCCGUGGUUCUAGCUAUCAGAAGUUGGUCGGUUCUUUGUCGAACAUAGUGCACAUGUUGUACUUCAUUACGUACAACUUCGAAAUACUUCUAGAACUAUCCGAGAAAAGCAACGUGUGCAAGGAAUUCCAGGAGCAGAUAAGUAACGAACUGGAAUUAUUUCAAGAAACGCUAAGCUCGUUACAGGUAUAUCUGGAGAAGGCCCUUUCUACUGAAUCUCAAGCCGACACUAACGGGAGCAUCGAUGAGAAGUUCAGAGACCUUGAAAUGGGGAAGCCACAAAAUCGAGAAAAACAAAGUGUUAGUAUCAUCGCAGAAAAUAAAGAAACGGAGAUGAGUAGUGAUGAGGUGGAGAGUGAAGAAUUAAGAGAGAGAAUGAUUCGAUGUUUGGGUGCGACGGGGUUUUGCAUCAGUUCGUUGAUGAAAGAAAUAGACGAUACCGAGAUGUGUAUACGAGAGAUAGACCAAUGGGAGAGUUAGUCGAACACUCUUCAUUUUUCUUUUGCUUCUGUAAAUUUUUAACUAGUACUGUGAAAGUUCUUACAUCAACAUUAUAGCACUGUAAUUUGAACCACAAACUUAACAGAAGAUGAAACAUUCAGUAGAAAUAAA